CGGCCGUGCACGAGUGGGGGUCGGGGCUGCCGGGGGCUGUUCCCCGGAGCUUUGCUGAGCCUGAGGUGUGCUCCGAAGGGGCCGCAUCGAGUCGAGAUAGCAGCCGGGACCUCCCUUCCCCUGUCCCUGGUGAGGCACGAUACAGCCCGCCGGCGCUCUCUCUAGCCGGGACUGUGCCCGCGUUCCUGCUGCGGGAUGAAGAGGAUCUUCGGGUUCGGGAGGAAGAGGAAGGGGCAGCCGCCGUCCGGCAGCGCCUCCCUUCCCUGCCCCGCCGGUGCCUAUGAGCUUCGGCAGAAGGACCUGGGCAAGCUACACCGUGCGGCCGCCAGCGGCGACCUGGCCCAGGUGCGGCAGGGACUGAAGAAGUACGGCAUCGACGGGCGGGACAAGGCGGAGCGGACAGCUCUGCAUCUUGCUUGUGCAAAUGGCCAUGUGGAUGUAGUUAUGUAUCUAGUAGAAAACAAGUGUAAGCUAAAUCUUUUUGACAGUGAUAACAGAUCGCCACUGAUGAAGGCAGUACAGUGCCAGCAAGAAAAAUGUGUGGUUAUUCUACUAGAACACGGUGCUGACCCGAAUCUGGCAGAUGCUGAUGGCAACACUGCCCUUCACCUGGCUGUCCUGUCUAGCAAUACUACUGUAGCAGGGCUGUUACUUGAGCACAAUGCCAAUAUUGAUGCCCAAAAUAAGGAGGGAUAUACUCCUCUUAUUCUUGCUGUCUCCGAACAUCAUGAAGAAAUAGUGGAGUUUCUCCUUAAAAAAGGAGCUGAUGUGCACGCUCGAGAUCAGUGUGAAAGAACUCCACUUAUGACUGCUGCUUCUGGUGGAGAGCUUAGUCUCAUAAAGGUUCUUCUUCAGUAUGGUGCUGAUGUUUCCCAGAAAGACACUAACGGAUGGACAGCUGAGGAUUAUGCUGUUAUUCAUGGAUAUUCCAGUCUUAGUAAACAACUGGCAGAAUAUGCAGACUGGGAGAACACAGGAGAAGCUUCUACGGGUGGUGGUGCGCGAGGCAUCACAGCACUUGGCACUCCACACCGGGCAGCAGCUGCUGGCUUUACAUUGGGGGCACCUGCUGUGGACAGAGGAGGAAUGCAACAAUCUCCUAACCAGACAUCAAGAACAGGAAAAUCAAGGAAAGCAAUAGAUGACUUCUCCCAAGGAGAUUCAAUAAGAAGCUCUGAGAAAGAGGGGAACGAUGACAGUUGGCAUACCUCUGAGGAAGAGGAACUUGAUUUUACCCCCAAGAAGCUGCAGAAGCCAAACCUGACACUGUUAAUGAGUGCUUCACAGCAGUUCAGGAAAAACAAUGAUGGUGGUGGUUCUAGAAUUGAAAGUCCUAAUUCGCCAAAGAAAAGUCUCAAACAAAGAAUCCCAUCAGGUGCAAAUGUGAACAAAGGAGUCAGUGAAGAAUUUUUUAAUCAAGAUGUCUCAGCUGCAUGCAACCUGGAUGAAGAAGAAUUGGAGGAGGAAGAGGAGGAGGAGGAGGAAGAGGAUGAAAAUGACAGUGGAGAUGGUGAUGAAGAUUAUGAGGAAGAAGAGGAGGAAGAGGAAGAGGAGGAAGAUUUUACUGAAGAUGAAAAGGAGGAGGAAGAGCUGGAAGAUGAAGAAACUCAGUCUAAUGAAAUACUGGAAGAAGAGAAAACAGAAUCUAAAGGGGAAAUUAAUCAGAAAUUAGAGUAUUUCAGUAAAGCAAAGCAUGAAGGAGCUGCUCAGUGUGGAACUGGAGAUGUCUGUGAAGAUCAUGAAAUAACUAAAGAACAUGAUGAAAAAGUAAAGGUUUCUGUUGAUACUCCAGUGUCUUUCAUAGCUGGGUCUUGUGAAGAGUUUCAAGAAAAUAAAACUGCAGUGUCUCCUAAGAUCAUGAAUAAUGAAAUAUCUUGCAAGUCAGUACCAAAACAAGCUGUCUUUCAAAAUCUAAAUAAUCUGCAAGAUAUGCAGGAAAGCUUGAACAGGAAGAACGUGAUUGAGGAGACGUUUCACAGGAAGGCUGACUCCUGUUUUGCAGGCUCUGAAAUGACAGACUGGAAAAAAGAGAUACCUCAGCCUCUCUUAGAUAGUUGUGGUGUUAAGGAGGAAAAGUCAGACUUCAGUGAUAGCUUUGAAAGUAGUAAUAAUUCUUGGUUAGCAGAAAAAACCCCAGGACCUGAAGGUGAAAGACCAACCUCUGUCAUACUUGAACACAUGGAUGGUGAAGAUACUGAAGAGGAAUAUGAAGGAGUAGAUGAUAAAGUCUGUAAACCACUGAAACAAGAAAGUGAAAACUUGCACUUAAAUGAGCAAGAGGAUUUGAAAGCAGCAUUUCAUUCAAGCACUGAAGAAGAAUCAUCUGACUACAAAGAAGAGGAGAAGGAUAGUGCUGGCAGAAAGCUACAAACUACAGGUGUUGAGGAUGUGAAAAAUUCUGUUUGUAAUGAUAGACAUGAAGUCCACAAAGCUUCAAAGGACAACUCUGGUACCCUUCCAACAGUGGGAGCAGAGCAAGAGGAAGAUGCUGAAUCUCCCUGGGAUUCAGAGGCUACGCAGGCAGAUUCUGAAAUGCCAAGAAAUAUACCAUGUGGUGUGCUGCUGCCAGCUGCAGAGAGACAUGGACCGUGCUCCCAGUUUGUUUCAGGGGAAAGUGACAAUGGCAUUUUGGAGAAACCUAACAAUUCACAGCUGAGGACUCCCAUAUCUGCUUUGAAAAUGCAUGAAACUUCUCCUAAAAAGAGGCAGCAGAAAUCAGAUCUGUUGCAGGAAUUUGAUUUAGAAGAUGUCGAGGAUAUUGAAGGUGAGUACUCGGGAUCUACUUUUCAUAUGUCAUCAGCAGCUGAAAAAGAAGAUGAUAAGGAUGCCGUUGAAAACUACGGAGUGUCGGUUGAGAAGGAAAAAAGCAAAGAAAGAUGUUUCAAUAUGCAGACAGUGGCAAAAGAGGAAAAUGAUGAUAAAUUAAAUACACAACCCAGAAGCAUUACUAAUCAGCAAAUGAAAGAAAAGCUUAUACUAAAGAAGAAUGACUGUUUAAAAAUGGAGGAUGAAAACACUACAGAAGAGAAAGUCAUCAAGAAUUUUUCACCUGAGGAGAGUGAAUUUGGCCUGAAUCAUGAUGUUGCAAAGAAAGAUAAAGGACAGACUUUAAAGCAGAAGGCUAAUCAGCAGAUGAGCUCUUCCAGUGGGAAUAAUUUUCAAGUACCAGAUGAUAGCACUUCCAGUGAAAUAUCUCAAGAGGAAGAAAGACCUGCAGCAAAAACAGCAAGUGAAAGGAAUAAGGUCUGCAUACAAAUGGAUGUAACUGAUGACCUUGAUUUAACUCAUUCAUCUGACACAACAUCAGAGGAUGUCAAAAUACCAACAUCCACCUACAAAGAGGCUGUGUUGCUCUUAGAACAGCUUACUGUGGAUCAUACAGGUUCUGCUAUUUUGCUGAAAAUUCAAAACAUACUUCUUAAAUAUGAACAAAUAAUAGAGCAUGAAAAAAAUCGAUAUGCAGUGAUCUCAAGAGAAGUAAGAAAGUUGGAAAGUGAAAAGGAGAAAUCAAAAUUAAUAGCAGAAGAGACUCAAGAUUUAAAAUCUGUAUUGGCUCAUCAAGAAGUGGAAUGGAAGAGUGAUAUCCAAAGCCUUAAGUUUACUUUGAAACAAGAAGAAGAAAAGAGGCUCAGAGCAGAAACACUGUAUGAGAAAACAAGAGAAAAACUCAGAAGGAAAGAAGAGGAAUAUUGUAAAGAGAUGGAGGAGAAACAGCAACUUGAGUUACAAUCCAGGAAUUUAGAAAUGGAGUUGGUAACCCUGAGAAAGCUCCUCAAACAGGUUGAAGAGGAGCGUGAUGAAACACAGAGACAGCUCUCUCAGGAAAAGAGUGCCAGAGCCCUGCAAGAAGGCAUUUUGAACAACCACCUUUGGAGACAAAAGGAACUAGAAGAAGAGACAAGAAGAACUGUAGGAAAAAGUUCAGAUGAAUCCGACACUGAGAGAGAAAAGGAUCUGUUGUACAAAAAUCAGUUACUGCAAGAUGAGAUUGCCAUGCUAAGACUAGAACUUGAUCAAAUAAGACUUAGGCACCGGGAGGAAGAAGGAAAAUAUUUAGAGGAAAAUGAGACUUUGAAGGAAAAAAAUGAAGAUCUCCAAAAAGAACUUAAGCUGAAUGAGGAGGCCUUAACACAAACAGUUUUUCAGUACAAUGGACAACUGAACUUACUAAAGACAGAAUCUGCAAUGCUAACUUCCAAACUUGAGCAGACAAAAGAAAGCAAAGACAGACUAGAGACAGAAAUUGAAUCAUUUCGUUCCCGCUUGAACAGUACUGUUCAAGAGCUUGAACGUCACCAGUCAUCUAAAAGUGAUGUGGAGCGAGCAUUUCAGAGGGAACGUGAUGAAUGGCUUCGCUUGCAAGACAAGCUCCAUCAUGACCUCUCAGAUGUGCGAGAAGCCAACAAGAGCUUGUCCCAGCAGCUGAGUAAAGCUGAAAGCAAAGCUAACAGUCUAGAAAAUGAGCUUCAUCAGUUAAAACAAACUCUCAGAGAAAAAACACUGUUUUUAGAAAUGGCACAAAAAGAAUUAAGUCAAACGCAGUGUCAGGCAAAGGAAUAUGAUCAUGCUCGACAACUUGAGAAAGACCAAGUCAACAAACUUACAAUAAAGCAGGAAUCCAUGCAGGAGCGAUUAGCCCAGCUCCAGAGUGAAAACCUUUUGCUCCGUCAGCAGCUGGAAGACCUGCAGAACAAGGGGAUCAUCAAAGAAAAAGUAGUGAAUGAUGUGCAAGAUCGGUUUAAUGAUAUUUUCAACAAACUCAGAGCUGAUACUGAAAAGCAAGUUUACCUAGUGGAAGAGAGAAACAAGGAAUUAAAUGCCAAGUGUAUUGAUUUAAGAGAGCAAGUCUUCAAAUACGAGACUGACAAAAUAGAGAGAGAGGGCAUGAUCAGACAGCUGCAGCAGGAGCUUGCUGAUGCUCUGAAAAAGCAAUCUAUGUCAGAAGCUUCACUGGAAGUUACUACGCGCUACCGCAGUGACCUGGAGGAAGACAAGCUGCGCUUGCAAAAGGAAUUGGAAAAGGCUAAAACCAAGUUGCGGGAGGUGGAAGAAAAAUAUCUUCAGUCUGAGUGUUGUGUUCGUGACUUGAAGACUGCCUUGGAUGAUAAGGAAAGAGAAGCAACAGCUUCUGCCCAGAAACUGCAGGACCAGCUGUUGGCAUCUUCUGAAACUAACACUACUAUAAAACAACUGGAAGAACACGUGCAACACCUUGAAAUUGAAAACACCAAAUUGGAAGCCACCGUCCAGCAACAAAGCAACAGGAUUGAAACCCUGCAGAGAGACCUGCAAGCUUCUGCUUCAGUUCAUAACCGCCUGGAAGACUUGAUAAUGAACUUACAGACAGCACAGGCAGCUGCAGAAGACCACCACAAGCAGGUGCAAAAGCAGAAUAUGGCUCUGACAUCAAAGGACUUGCAGAGCAUGUGGGAAGAGCAGUUUAAGUCAAGAUCCAGCCUUGAAGAGCGUGUUGCUCAACUUGACAGGGAAAAGGCAGAUCUCUUUGAACAGUGUGAGAGUGAAAAAAAGAAAGUGAAGAAACUGAUAGAGUUAAAACGCCCGGUGGAACUCCGUCUGGACCAAGAAAUGAGAAGAAACUUAGAAUUGCAGAAAGACUUUAAGAGGUUGAAGAGACUUCUCAGUAGAGCUACAAAAAAAAUAAGGGUGUAUGAGGAGAGAGAAGUGGAGUCCCAGCUUAAUUUGAAGGGAGAAAUGAAGAGCAGAUAUUCUGAAAUGGUCACUGAAGUUGAUAGAUUGAGAACAAAGGUUGCUGAACUUUCCCAGCAGCUGGACAUGGAGUCUAAAAAAAGCAUGCAGCUAGAAGCACAAAACCGGGACCUGCGAGAAGAGCUGUCUGCCCUGCAAGGGAACUGUGAAAAACUGGAGAAGAGCAAAUGCCAGCUGAAAGAAGAGAUGGCAAAACUCCAGCGUCACUUGGAGACUAACAUGGUGGAUCACAGCCAAAUAGAACAGUAUAAAAGAGAGGUUGAUGAACGAGCAGGCCAAGAAAUAAGACAAAAACUACAAGAAGUCAAUCUGUUUUUGCAAGCACAGGCAGCCUCCCAGGACAGACUAGAACACAUCAGAGCAAGUCAUCAUGCUUCUCUGAGAAACCAGCUAAAAGACAGAAUUAGAGAUCUUGAAUGUGAAUUGGACAAGAUAAAAAACACUCAACAAGACAGUACUUUUCCAAAAGAAUGUGCACAGGCAGAAGUGGAAAAGUACAAGGAGCUGUAUCUGGAGGAAGUGAAAACUAGACGAUGCCUAGCAAAGAAACUGGAAAGAGCUAACGAGAGACUUGAGGAAGCCAAUGCUAAGCUCCUCCGGGAGCGGCAUAAAAACAAAUCGUUAAUCACGAGCAGCAUUGUCAGUGGAGGUCUGGCUGCAACUCCAGUUCUCUAUUCCACUGCACUGGGGCAUCUUGGCAGCCAUUUGGGGCUCAACAGAAGUCUCAGUCUAGGAGAAAGCUUCCUCAGCCCAACUGAGAACACAUUAUCCACAAGAAACAGGGUUGCAGCCUUUGUGGCCAAGGUACGUCAGGAACUGGAUGAAAAAAUCACUAAGGAACUGAAAGAAGCCACUGCUGAUCUUGAAACUGGAUGUGCUGGAUCUUCAAAAAACCUUCAUGUGGACCAGGAUCACCUUUGCAGAGCAAUACAUGAUUUGAAUGAAAUGCUGUAGAAAGACUGUGGACAUUUUUUGCUUUUAUAGAGCAUCUGUAGUUUUCUUUCUCCCCACCUUGGAUGUGAAAACUUGUUUAUUUUAUUCUGAAUAAACUCUAAGUCUGUUAAAUGGAUGUCAAGCACAGUGCACUCAUCUGUUGGGUUUUUUCUGCCUAGCUAGCUUCUUUUGCGCUCACAUUAAGAACCACGUCCAUUUUUUCUGACCAGGAGAUUGACUGGUCUGGAUUCUUGAGCUUGAUUAAACUGUCAAAUGUUUCCUUUUACAGUAGCUGCAUUAUGUUGUUCCACUCAUGUUCUGUGUUUUUACAAAAGCAUUCCCUUUGUUCUGUUUAAUCCUUUCGCUCAAUGUGGUUUUAAGUUCUCCAGUGUUACUUCAGUGCUUAGGACAUCAUUUGAUGUGCUUUGAGCCCAGUGCUUCAGCCCUGAUGCAGUGACUAAUUUCUGCUAAUUAACUUAUAGUGAUGUUCAAGCUGGAGAAAAGAGCACUUUACAUUGUUGUCACUUUAUGCAACAUAGGUUUAAAAUUACUGAGUGUAUAGUAGUGCCAAGACUUGUUUUAUGGUCUUUUUGGUAUUUUUAUUUUGUAUCACAGAAU